CGUCACUUGGCACAACAAGUCUAAACUUGUCCGUCGUUCAUAGCGCAUUCGUCCCUUAUAUCUAUCAAGUGUGAUCGUUAAGUUGGACAUCGAAUACUAUUUACUGAGUGAUUAAUAUUACGCAAAUAAUUAUGGAUCCUGAAAAUAGAGAUACUCCAGGUGGCUCAAACUACAGAGUAAUAUCUAGAAAAAGAUACGAUAAAAUGCAGGAACAGAACCUACCGAAUUUAGAAGAAAAAUUAAAUUAUUUGGAAAAUGGACUUUUAACACAUGGUGAUUAUAGUCAAGAGCAAAUAAGAGAGUUGAACCAUAAAUUUUCUUAUAUAAAAAGUGAAUUUAAAAGAUGGUCAAAAGGUAAGAGGCAAGAAGACAAAUUCUUAAAAGAAAAUGCUGAUUGGCUGCAAGGAACAUUCCAGAUACCUAAAUCUUCCCAUGGACGUGUUGGUCGACCAUUAAAACCAUUUAGUGAGUUAUCUGAGAGAAGUAGAAGGAGAAAAACAGAGCAACACUACGAAACACCGUAAGUAAAGAGGCUCU